AGAGAGGGAAGAAGAAGCAGAGAGGAGAACACCGGCAGACUAAACAGUCGUACAUGCAGGUGGAGUGGAGAGAAUAAAGCUUUUCCGUGAAGAGAGGACGAGGACCAAUACAGAAAACGAGUGAGAGCUGAGGGGAGGAUGAGGACCAGACGCUGUCAGAAUGGAUAUGAAAAAGACUGGCGUCUGCAAGAUUUAUGACUCAUUCAGAGAAAGGUGAAGAUAAAAGUGCUGAGGACAAGGACUGCAGCUUUAUCAUAUUUUAUCACUUAUAUAUCUCCAGUUUAACGGGUCACUCUUUUAAACUAAUUUCUCGCGGCUUUUGAAGUUUGAUGGAGGAAAACGCACACUGGACGACCUCCCUGCACAUUCACACACGUUCAAGCUGCAGCUGUGCUGUGUCUCCCACGGAGCGGAGAUUGCUGGGCCUGACUGAAAACCCUAAAGUCGUCACUCCUCAGCCGCAAUGACCACAUUUGCCCCUGCAUCUUCUUUCCCCUUCACUCUUUCAGCUUCUGCAUCAUCCAACACCUCUCUAUCCGCUUCAUCCCUUCCUCUUUCAAUGUCAUCUUUUCCCCCUCCCUUCUCCACCAUUUCUGUGGUCUCCCCAAACCAAACUUGUUUACUUGAUGACAAUCCCCUCCGUUGGACGCUGGCAAUCUUCUACUCCCUAUUCUUCCUCUUUGGGAUUGUGGGUAACGUCUUUGCACUGUGGGUUUUCCUUCACUUGCACUCGAGCCGCAAUUCUGUGAGAGUAUUCCUCAUCAACUGUGCUGUGGCUGAUCUGGUCCUGCUGGCGUGUCUGCCCUUCAGGGUCUUCUACCAUGUCAAUGGAAACAAGUGGGUUCUGGGAAAAGUGGCAUGCAAGCUGGUGGGAACUCUAUUUUAUAUGAACAUGUACAUAAGUAUCACGUUACUGGGAUUUAUCAGCUUGGACAGAUACUUAAGGCUGAAGAGGAAAGGUAGAGCGCGGAGAGGCGUGUGGGGGAGUAGCCGGUCAUCGAGCUGGGUGGCAUGUGGGGUUCUGUGGGGUCUGUCACUGACGGCGCUGGUGUGCAUGAUUGUCAAGGCAGACGGCAAAGAGAACAGUGACCUGUGCUUCCAGUACAAGCAGCUACACAAAGCCAAAGGGAAGGCCUACUUCAACGCCGUGCUGGUGGUGCUGUUCUGGUUCGUCUUCAUCAUGCUCGUGGUCUCCUACGCAAAGAUCGCCUGCCAGUUGCUGAGGGUGUCUCGGGACAGACCGGACCUUCCCAACGCGCGGAAAUACAACUGCACUGCCAAGAAAUCUUUCUUCGUCCUCUUUCUGUUCACCGUGUGUUUCGGACCCUACCACGCCUUCCGCCCCUUCUACAUCCACUCGCAGCUCAGCAGAACGAUCUCGUGCGACUACCAGCAGCUGAUGAACCGCACCAACGAGGUGAUGCUGUUAUUCUCCGCCUUCAAUAGCUGUUUGGAUCCGGUCAUGUACUUUCUGUUAUCUGGCUCGGUUCGCAAAACCGCACUGCAAGCGCUUGGGCAUCGAUUUGGAAACAGGCUAUUCCUCCACGACGCAACAUCCAACAGCUCGACGACGGAGUUCAGGCGGCCGUCUGUGCCUAUGGGGUUACCAAAAGCUGAACUGAACAUCCCCUCCGUCACACCGAGAGUCGGCAUCUGUGUCAUCAGCUCCACCCUCGACCACACAGGAUCGACUGUGCUUCCACCUACUGGCCAAAACUGAUCACUAGUUUGAACACUGGUGAGAUAAACGCCUUAUUUUUCUGACAUGGGUUGGACUGAAAAAAAUGGCAUUUAGACAUAUACUGACUUCACGUGUCAAAUUCUUUGUGUUCUUUCCGUCUUAUCUUCUGUGCUGCAAAUGGAAAGUAUUUAAAUUCUGCUUUAAUGCCUGGGAGACGGACUGACAAUACAGUCUGAGGAGAGGCACUGCAGUGAACACUAGGACCGAAGCCUUUCUAGUAAUGCAUGUUAUGUUUAUUUUCUAUCACGCAGUGCUGUAAUGUUUCUGAAAAUAUUCAUAUGUAUAAUUAUAUUAAUGGAUUAAGUAAACCUGGAGAAUAAUGUUCAAACAAACACAAGUCAAAUGCUUUUUUGUUGAAAGAUUCAAUAAUUUGUAGUAUCCUGUUUAUUUGAAAGUAAAGAGACCUAAAUACA